AUGUCGUACAGAAAUCUGUCAAGUAUAGAUGUCGGAGAUCGAACAGCCAUUCCCGACUACGAGUUACACAAUGUUCCCGUUGCACCACCUUAUUCAGCCACGGACCCGGCACCUGCAGUUGCAGCUGCACCUGCAGCGGAGAAAUCCAACGUCGCAAAAAGCGCCGGUGGUGCAUGGUACGACCCGCGAUCAUGGUCACUGUUAACAAAAUUGAUUAUUGCGGGCGGUGUUGUUGUUGUCAUUGUUGCGCUUGUCGUGGGAAUCUACGAGGGCACAAAAUCAUCAUCAUAUCCCGAUUACUCUGCAUUGAGCUAUAGGCUUGCAGAUACAUACUCGGGAUCUUCGUUCUUUGAUGAGUUCGAAUACUAUACCGCCACUGAUCCAACGGACGGAUUCGUGGACUACGUCGACAGUUCAACCGCCUCAGAGAUGAACCUGACCUACGCCUCCAGCUCUAGAGCCGUCCUACGAGUAGACACCAGCACCUCGAACCAAACCAGCGGCCGCAAAUCCGUCCGCAUCACCUCAAAGAAAACCUACAAUGACGGCCUCUUCAUCUUCGACAUCACCCACACCCCCUAUGGAUGCGCAACAUGGCCAGCCCUAUGGCUCACCGACCCCGACAACUGGCCUGAACACGGAGAAAUCGAUGUCCUCGAGUCCAACAACAAAGGCACCCACGGCAACGCCAUGACACUACACACAACCAAGGACUGCACAAUGAACGUGAAGCGCAAAGAAACUGGCACCGCAUCAUACACCAACUGCCUGAACACCGCCAACGACAACGCCGGCUGCAGCGUAUCAGGAGGAAAAGCAACCUACGGCGAGAAAUUCAACUCCAACGGCGGCGGCGUCUACGCCAUGGAACUCCGCAACGCCGGCAUCCGUGUCUGGAUGUUCAGCCGCGACGACAUCCCCACCGACAUCUCCAACACCAGCGACACGCCCGACCCCUCAACCUGGGGCGAAGCACUCGCCGACUUCCCCAAUACAAACUGCGACAUCGCCUCCCACUUCAAAAACCAGAGCAUUAUCGUCAACAUCGACGUCUGCGGCGAUCUUGCCGGUGCAACGACCUACUACACCGAUCUCUACGAUUGCCCGUCCACGUGCACGCAAUGGGCCGCCGAGAAUGGAGCAAACUUCACAAACGCCUACUGGGAAUUCAAGAGCUUCAAGGUCUAUCAAACCUCGUCUUCCUCGUCGUCGAGCUCAGCUGCAGCUUCGUCGGCGACGGCGGCAGCAGCAGCAGCAUAUGGGACCUCGACCACAACGGCGGGUGCUGCUACUGCUACUGCUACUUCAGCAAGUACCGGUCAAGGACAGUCGGGAUCUCAAUCUGGGAGCGGACAGCAGGGGGAAGGAAAUCAGGGUGGAGGGCAAAGUGGCGGACAGAGUACGAAUCAAGAAGAAGAGAGUACCAAUCAAGCACAAAGGGGGCAAGGCGGACAACGAUAA